UUGUACUUGAUGACGACGAAAGCUAGGAUUUCGCAAUUUUGCUCGUACAUUGUGUUGAUUUUUAACGUGACGGCUGGGGCGCUUUAUUUCGGAGCCGAAAAUUUGACUGCUAUCGUGCAACUACUGGCGGGCUACAAUGUUACUUCAAGACCACUUCCCGUUAGGAUACAAUUACCCUUUGAUGCUGAGCAGUCGCCCAUCUAUGAGUUGCUCGUCAUCGUUUUGUUUCUGCAUUCGAUGACACUCGUAUUUCCGGUUAAUCUUUUGUCCGGACUGGUUUUUUCUCUGGUAUUUCACGCAUGUGGACAAAUCGAUAUCAUUUGUCAAGAGUUGAAAAACAUCUCUGAAAAGAUGUCUCAUUAUGGAUCUUCGACAUAUACGACAGGAAUGCUGAUCGAGAGGCACAAUAGAGUUAUCUCGUUUUCUAAAAAUAUCGAUAAGGUUUUCUCUUUCAUAGCUUUGAUGCAAAUUCUCGGCAAUACUUUAGUUAUUUGCUUCCUAGGACUCGUUCUUAUGACGUCUCACACUGAUAUUGACAUUGGCUUGUUGAAAACCAUGUUCGCUUAUAUGGGCAUAAGUUUGGAAGUUUUUGUAGUUUGUUUUGUCGGCGAAUAUCUGUGCAUUAAGAGUAAAUCUCUCGGCGAUGCGGCGUAUGAAUCUUUAUGGUACAAUAUGUCGCCCAGUCACGUUAAAAAAUUAUUAUUAAUAAUAAUGAGAUCUCAGAAACAACUAACUAUCACAGCGGGAGGAAUCACAAAUUUAUCAUUAGAAUCCUUCACGAGUAUAAUGAAAGCGUCGGCGUCAUAUAUGUCCGUCUUGAAAGCGAUGUAUUGACAAGGCUUGAGAUUUUGUGGCACUAAAUGACGCAAUUAGUAUGAAUUGUCUACCCAGAAACUGCAUUAAAAUUAUACAACAACUGUAUAGAAUUUUCAUACCGAUUCCGGUUAUAAUCUGAGACUUGCAGGUCACAGAAAAUAAGCUUAUAUUUAGUACGAUGCAAUAAAUACCUCAUUGUUGCUUCGUUGUUACAUUGCA